AUGGCGUGCGGCACCCGCUUCCGUACGCAGCGUCACACGAGCCGCAUCUGCCGCUACGGGAGCAUCGUUUGCAUUGCACCCCUCUCAGCUAAGCUGAAUGCGAACUUACAUCCGGACACUUGGGGCGCCGCCCGUCUCUUCGUUUCCUCCUCUUUACCUUUCCGUUUCCUCACUCUCAUUCAUUCCAUCAUAUCCACCCCGACUUUCCCCCCCUGCCCCUUACACCACCACCUCUUCUCGCCCCCCUCCCCACCGCAUUGCACCCCUCCUAGCUGGAUGCGAACUCACUUCCAGCCGCGGCGCUACACGGGCCUCAGCUGCAAGAGCAUCGAUACGCAUUACAAUUGCGAGAAGAACGGCCGCCCCAACCUCAAAUACCUCGACUACGAGUGGCGCAUCCCCGGCUGUAGCCUCAAACGCUUCGACCCCUCGGUCUUCCUCGCUACGAUGCGCAACAAGGUCUUUAUGAUAGUGGGGGACUCGUACGCCCUCAACCUGCACGCGUCCAUGCGAUGCCUCAUUGAGUCCGUCGCGGUCACUCAGAACUUCAAUGGGAGUCUCUUCAAGACGGGCGUGCCUGCGACGGGCUUCAGAGUGCCGUCGCACAACGCCACCAUCAUUCGCAUUGCUUCGGCAUUCCUCCUGUAUGGAGAGCCUGAUGGCGAGCGCAGUGUGAAGAGCACGUGGAGUGUGUGGUUGGAUAAACUGGACCCGGAAUGGGAGGCCCUGCUGCCCUUCACCGACUAUGUCGUCAUGAGCGCCGGCUACUGGUACACCAGUGCCCGAGAGGAGAAGCGCCACUAUCUCUUGAGCAACAGCCCCAACCAGCUCGCCUGGAACCCCGACCAGCGCACCACCAUGCAAACCGCUCUCUCCACCAUCGUCACCCACUUCAACCGCAUCAAAUACCGCGGCCUCCCCAUGUUCCUCUCCUUCACCUCCUCCCACUACGGCUUUGAGCUCGCGGGCACGGAGGCAGCUAGAGGGGCAGAGUAUAAUUGCACUGACGCGUGGCGGCCAAUCGGGUGGCGCCAGGUGUCGCAUAGGGAGUGGGCGGUUGAAGACAUGCGGACGCGGAAUGCACAAGUGCAGGUGGGGAAAUGGGCCUGA